AUGGAACGAUUUAGAGAGAAAAUUAACCUUAUUCGAAUCGAAGCCGAUGCUGCCAAAGCCAAGGCAGAAGAAUACGAAGCCAAGGUCAAGGAAUACGAAAAGAUCAAGAUGGAUCAGGAACAUGAGAUCAUCUCUCUAACCAACCAAAACAAGAAAAUGGAAGACGAUCUCGAGGCUGCCCUAGAAAACAUCAAACGACUCAAGUCAAUCGAAGACGAAGGAGGUGAUCUCAAGAAAGAAAAUGACGCAGCACAGCGUAAAAUCACACUUCUUGAGCAGGAACUCGAGAACUCUGACAAGUCACUGCGCGAAACCACCAAAAACUUCCGUGAGGCAGAUGUCAAGGCAGAACAUUUUGAACGCAAGGUCCAGCAGCUCGAGAACUUGCUCUUGGAACAAGAAAGAAAGGGCGAAGAACUCAAACUCAAGAACCACGAAUUACAAGCCCAGUUGGAUGAGUUUAAUGCCCAAUUAGAUGACAUUUAA